GAAGAAGGAAAAAGAAAGGCCGUAACGAAUCUCACUGCUGUUCGUGAGCAGCUCCGUAGUGCCUCGAGAACAUCAUCAUCAUCAGCAGCAGCAACAACACACACACACACACACACGACCCACAUCGUCGCAUCUAAUAACACGAGCGAAGUUUCACGGGAAAAAACGAACGCCGGUCUUCUCUUGUGUGUUUUCUUUGCUUUGUGGGAAAAUGGACUAUUCGACCGCAACUUCGUCCUCCGCACCGGUGACGUCCCCUUGCACUUCCACCUCUUCCCCAAACACCAGGCCUUCUGAGAUGGAGGAUGAGACACCACCAGCAGCAGCAGCAGCAGAACAAUCUUCAUCAACGACGCAGUACGUUCCAUGCUCUAUCACGGCGAAUCAGUGGGACACGGUGGCGGUGUGGUCCUGGGACGUGCAAACCAAAGUGUGUGCCAUUUGCAAAGGCAACCUCGCCGAUCAGUGCAUUAGCUGUCAGGCGCAGGGCCCGCAGGUUCACGCCACCACAUCUGCGUCGGCCUCUUUCGCACCGGCGAGCGCGGGCACUGGAGCCGCAGCUUCUCUUUCUACUGCUGCUCGUGGACCAACCGCCGCCGCCGUCGUUGGAGGUAGUGGCAGCAGUCGUAGUAGUAGUAGCAGUGGCGCUCUCCACAUUCGCCCAACGAUGCCAGCGACCGCCUCAACAGGCCACCAUGCGGGGAGCACCGCGAGCCCGGCGCACUCCACGCCCGCCACCCUGGCCGAUCUGCAUGAUAAGUGUUGCGUGGCGUGGGGCACCUGCGGCCACGUCUUUCAUUACCACUGCGUGUCGCGGUGGCUGCAGAUGCGCUCCAUGUGCCCCGUCUGCGGGGGCCCGUGGCAGCUGCACAAGAUCACACUGAACGAGUGA